CGUUCCUUUGGUCUUCUGUGUCAGACAUUGUCUUGGUGAGAUAAGUCCCAUUCUUCUUACUCUUCUAGCGACUUCUAGGGUUCCUCGGAUCGGGGUUUGCGGCACAUAGGAGGCAAUUUCUCGUUCAUGGCGUUGCUUAUGGAUCUGUUCUCACCGAUCGCCUCUGUCGUCAUCAGCUCGUGGAGACAUGCUCGAAGUCACUGCGCGAUGAUCACAAGGUCAUCCACCGUUUAAUGCGGAGAUGAGGGAGAUUGGCAUGUUCUCAGUGCCAGCCAGCCGUCCGGGGAUUUUGGAGAGAGAGAUCUCGUCGUAUUUACCUCAUGUAGCAUGGAUUGACGGUCGCAUAUACUUAGUCGUGGGAUGCAAGUCCAUCCUGCGGAGUCGGCUAGAUUGAUGGAUUGAUUACUCUUACGCGUGUAGGCCAAUCUGGAAAUGACGUGGCUGGCCUGGCCUGGCCAUUUACCACGCCCGUUAUCCUUGCUCGUGCAGGUGCAGCCCAGUGGUCCGACCUUUUCUUUGUCUCUCGCGCGUCAUGCCGUCAUGGAUCGUCGCACGCUUUGAUACUACGUGGGACAACAGGAAGCGGCGGAUGUCUCCCGUCUUAUGUGGUAUUCACACUGAACAUCAUGCGCCUUUUUUUUUAUUGUUUGUACCCUUUUUUUCCAUCGCGCUAUAUUGACAGUACCCACUUCGCUCCACUCUUGCUCCGACUCUAUCCUCAUCGCGGCAGUCACACCAACAGCAUUACUCGAGGGAGAGAGAGCAUGCUUUCGCUUAGCCUCGCUCGUUCUCUCGGAAGCCCGAAGAUAGACAAGUUACCACGAUAAUCAAAUUUAAAUCAAAUAAAAUAAUAUAAAACCACA